AUUAUUUCAAUGUCAUUAAUAAUUACUCUUAGGUAUUGCACACAGAUGUUUAAUUAAUACGAAGAGAACAUCAACAGACACAUUGAUAUUUUGCCAGUCGAUUGCCCAGCUGCCCGAAUUGGUAUUGGAUUACAUUUAUCCGCUACCUAAAAUAUAGUUUACAUGUCAUUUAACAAGGAGCAGGUUACUUUUAUUGAGAAAUACCGACGAUUUUCCGCUACAAUUAAGUACAAAGCUGAAACAUCUCUGUGAGGAGGCAGCCUUUGUAGUUGAUGGGCUCUUGAUGUUAUUGUUAUUGUCGUAUGAUGUGAUGAAGCAUAGAAGCCGGCGUCUAAGUCAUAACCUCAAAGCGUGGAGCCGAGGAACCGUCGGCGCUAGGGGAGCGCGAGCCGCUCAAUGUUGUCGCGCCUGCGCCGACCCUACUUCCACAGACACGAACCCGACAACGCUGCACAAAGCACGAGAAGCCGGAAUGUCCCACACCGACUCUCCUCAAUAUUAAUGAGCCGCGACCACGAGACGGAACUUUUUUUUUCUGUGUCCAAAAGUGAACAAAACGAGCAUGUGAUAGAACCAAUUAAGUGACCACAAUAGUGAUAUUUUCGUGAUAAUAAGAAACGACUAAAAUGUACAAGACGGUGAGACACGGAGAGAACAGUCUCCAGUACACCAUUCUUCCACAAACGGAGGAGGUGUUAAACAAUAGUGGUCUCAAAGGAAAAGGUCGGGACUACAGUCCAUCUAUUCAUGUACGACGCUCACGAAGGAGAUCAACAGUCAAAUAUGUUUUACUCGUCAUUUUUGGGAUGAUAGUUGCUCUCGCACUGGCUGCUGUACCACUUUAUGUCAUGAAUGGAGCUUUAUAUGCUCGCCGGAAUCAACAAGAGAAACAUGAAGUUAUUACGUCUCCUCCGCUUGCGCCUACAGGCCGGGAGAUAGCAAAAUCGAGGAAAAAGGAAUUAAAGAUUUCACCCGCAGUAUUAUCGACAUUGCAGUUAAAAACUGAAUCAAGCACAACUACAACGUCGACGACGACAAGACCUUCAGUCUCUUCUGUGACUAGUGACAGAGCAACUCCAGCGUGGACAAUGCCUGCGUUAAGGUCUUGGAAGAGUUUAAUUCCAUCGACCAGUAUAAAACCUCUUCCGACAGAAGCGGAUGAAUUGACGACUCGCACGGUCCUACCGACUAGUACCGUUCGUUUGCUUGAUCGUUACAUGUCGAUGAAACCUUGGGAGAAAGACAUAAUAAUAAGAGCUACUAUCACUCCAGAGCCUAUAACAUUUAGCAACGUGUUCAAAUACUAUUCCCGUUCGUAUAUACCUCCUGAAAAGGGCACAAAAAGUAGUAAGCUGUUUGAUGACGUUCUGAUCACUACGAAAGGAACUACAACAAGGACUCCAGUAACGACUGAAUUUACAACUAGUGAAAGAUCGAAAUUAAGUGAUUUGAAGGAUACGAUUCUGUCCGUGGACGAUGACGAAGAAUUUAAGGAAUCUUUAGAAGUUGACGAAGUGUUCUCGUUGCCACCUUCUAAACCGGAGUCUGCUGUGGCAGGUUCUGAUUCUGACGAGGUGACAGUGUCCAAAACCGGUGACGGUUGGUAUGGAGCGAGGUGGCCAUUUGUAGACACAUCGUCGUACUUCCAGUGGUCGGGUUAUUCCCCGGGCGAUAACUUGUUGCUGCCAUUGCUAGUGGCUGCGUUGUCUUCUAUUGUGUUGGUGCUGCUCCUCGCUUUGGCAGUGCGACGACGCAGGCGGACCCUUGCUGGGUCUGCGCAGCUUGGGCUGACCUCCGAGCCGCAGACCGAGGACAACACCAAUUUACUAACGGCCGAGAACCCUGAUGCUGAAGACGCCGAAGAGUGAACCUCACGAGCCACGCUUCUAGCUUGUUCCAUAACAUGAACGCCUUAUGUGCGCCUGGAGGCACGAAACCAUUUCUUAUUGCUAUUAUUUUUUGUAGAUUUGGGUAUAAUGUACAAAAAAAACAAUGGCCGACUAAUCCCUUGGAAAAUAAGUAAUCUUAUAACUAGAGAUGAACAGGGAAUUGCAUAAUAAAUGCCGGGUCAUUUGGUAUUAAAUUUACGUUGGAUAAAAAUACAUCAAUUUGCCCGUUCAAUAAGAAAUCAAAGACGGACUACAAUAAAGCAACAAUCUUGGCGUGUUUUUUUUUAAACCUGGUGGAAUGGCCUCCAAUCAUUCGCACACUAGGCGUUCGAAGCACCUUGUAAUGAUUUAGCCGCUAUAGAGUAGCACUCCAAGUCAACCCACAUUAGAAGAGCUUAAUCUUCUAAUACCGAUGAUCUCACUUCAAACUUUCAGUGCCUAUUGUUUGUAUAUAAAAUACGGUUUGUAGUUCGGCCGAGAACGUUCAGAGAUACGAUAUAAUAAGUAUAUUUUGUAAACGGUCUAGUAAUUCGACUAAUUAGGGAAGACAAAGGCCAAAUUUGCUAGAAAUUAUUUUUGUUACAAACGUAAUGUACAAUUUUGCAUGUCAUUUGCCAUGGCAACGAGAAGAUUGUUAGUAUAGAAGUGUCCAAUGUCCAUGCUUCGAUCAACCAUACAGAUGGUUGAUCAAAAUGCCCAUGUAAUGCCCUGAUGAGCUUGCUAGUUACUUUAUUACAGUGGCAUUACAAUUAUAUUUAUGACAUGACAAAACACUCAUGUCUUCGAUAAGUGUAGGUAUUUUUAUGCAAAUUUUUCUCCCUUUGUACAAAAUUAUUAUAAUCAAAAAUCUAUGAUAUCAUUGUUAUGAUUAUUAUAGUCACGGGCAACAUGACGGUAGGAAAAUAAAUUAGAUGGAGUUCAUCUGAACGGAUAUGUAUUAGGUAUAUGUGAUGCGAGACGAGAAGUACCUAUUUCCCUAUUUAUUUUCACUCCCUUUAUAUUAUGUCCAUCUUACAAGUGUAGGUUAGUAAAGAUUCAAUCCUGAACGUAAACGUUGCUAAUUGACGUGUCUGUUAACAAUGAGAUCUUUACUUAUCCCGGUAAAACAUAAGAUACUUAUAAAUAUAAUUUUAAAUACAAAUGAAUUUACAUGUCACAGUUGUAUUUCGUGUAAACUAUAUCAUAUCUCUGAAAGUGUGCACUGUUUGACUCGUCAGUAUUAGUGAAACCCUGUGGUAUUAUACAUGUAUUUAAACGUAUCUUUUUAUUUUUCGUGUAGUCUGAAUAGGAUAAGAUGAAAUAUCAAUUUCGAUGUACUUAAUAUUAUUCUAUGUGUUUGACGUCACUUUUUAUUAUAAACUGCACGCCUCACAGCGCGAUGUUUUUAUUAGUUAAAGUCUACGCAAAAAGUCUUUUCAACACUUCCCUUAAAAAGACAAUUUGUAGACUUUAACAAGUUAAAAAAUUUUACUUCAAAAAAAAAAGCUUAAAUAAGGUAUUUUUCUCAUUGCUUGCAGGCGACACAAUGCAAAUUCUAUAUAGCAUUAUCGUACAAAAACUAAUUUUAAAUUAUUAUAUUACCUAUCAUACAUUUUAACUAAUACCCUUUAUUAUAAAAAGCGUGUCAGGCGUGCACAUUUGAAGUUUCUUGAAUAUUUACAACCGAAUGUAUUAUGAAUGUAUGAAUUAAUACUCGUAUUAUUAUUUUUUAAUUAAUUGAAGUAGAUAUAAGACUGAUAUAAACUUUAUUCGUUCUUGUGCAUUAAUAUGACAAAAGUACUUCUUUUUUUUAAUUUAAGGAAUAUCGUUUGUUCGGGCUCAUGGAAUUUGAACGCUAGUGGGAAUCUCAAAUAUCCUUUGUUAGUGAAUGUCUAAUGUACCUAUUUGUGAAAAAUGUCCCCUAUUCUUGUGACUUAUUGACGCACAACCAUAUAUAUGGUCGGCGAAACCUACUUAUUUAAUAAUGUCGUAGGCAUUCGUCAGGAAAGGUUUAUAGCGACUCCCACUAUAUCGAAAACCCAGGUUUUGCCCAAUAUUCCUGUAAAAUAUUUUAAAAUGUAUUUAAUGUAACGGCACUAUUAGUUUCAAUUAUUUAUUAAUAUUGGCAGACUUCGUGUGCUAUUUUCAAUAACUAUUGUAAACUUUAACGUUAGUUGUAUGCGUGUACAACCAAAUGGAAUAUUGGUUGUUGUGGUAAUGUUAAACACUCGCUGUUGGAGAAAAAAAACCUCUUUAGAAGAGUGAUGAGAAUGAGAAUUUCCAUCAAAUACCUAUGCCAUAUGCCUAUUCUAUAUAUUCAAAAAUAUAAAAUACAUUGGACUUGUAAUUUAAUUAUAACCAGGGUUAUGAUGAAGAAAAAUAAGUCGAUUGCGCAUCUCUAUUCCCCGACAGCGGCGUUUUACAUUAAAGAAUAAACUGCAUUACAAGAUGUGAUACCUCUGUUGUAUUUCCCUGUAGAAGGAAUUGUAUGCAAGACCACAUGAGCAAAAAAUUUGGGAACGGUCUUGUCGCGACACAGAGCACAGAAAUCCCGGCACCUCCGUAUCUGUAA